AUGCAAUACGUUGAGCAAUUGUGCCAGCGAGGUUGGCUCCAAGGCCACAGAGGCCUCGGUAUAGCUUUAACCUCUUCUUUACACCAAUUUGGGCAUGCCGCUGGGCGUGACAUAGAAGAAAAGGCUACUAAAAGCGGAGCAUCUCUCGACGAGCAGAUUCAAAAGCUUACAGUGUCCGUGAUUGUCCCUUCUGGUUUAGCACAACAUUCGACGACUACUUCAUCACCAGCACCCUUCAACAUUUUGGAGGUGACGUACGUUCACGCAGACCUCACCACCCCGCCCUACACGGACACUUUUAUCAAGAUCAACGACGACGCUCUACGUAAAGAGCUUAACGAACUAGCCGGAAAUAUCUGGCACGGAAAUAUUGGUUUUGGUCAAGACCCUGUCAACGCCAAGCGCCUGUACCAUUUCAUGGCUCGGCUUAUCGAGUACUGCAGAUGCGAAGAUGGCCAUAGUAGCGUAUCCUGUGCUUUACAACUUCUGGUAUAUUGGGCCAUCUCGUUCAACUCUACCAUUGAGGCAAAGGUAGAGGAGAUGCAGGCCACUAUGACUGCGGAUUUUGAGUACCUAUGGGCGCUCUUUGAGCCGGGCAAGAUUAUGGUAAUGGAAAACUUCCGCGGUAUGAAAGAUCUUACAGUCUGUGCCAGUCUUGUAGAGGUUGAGGAGCUCACCGAUAACGACAAACGACAGCUCCGCCUAACUGUGCAAACUAUUGACACCACUUCCGGUAAAUAUGGUUAUCACAAGCAAACCCGUUCUAUCAGAAGUUUUGUGGGAAAGGAACACGUUUGCGAUCUUGUCCUGUACCCAUUGUCAUACCACAAGGACUCCCAAGAGCUAGAGAAACGAUUAGUGUCCCGGGGCCGCGAGUUCAUAAAGCUAUCGAGCGGCGACUGUUUCCACCACCGAGAGUACGAGGGGAAGGCAUUCGUCAAUGGGUCAGACAUGACACCAGACUGGGAAGGCAAACGCAUCAUGGUUGACUGCGCCUUGAACAAGAUUCAAUCUCCUUCUGUGGUGCCGAAAAUCGUUCGGGGGCGUCGGAAUUCGUGGCUGGACCCGGAAAAGCUGACUGACAAGGAACUCCUCAUCUGCUCCGGAACACUACCGGCGAUAGCACUAUUGGGGGGGAAAUUGGGCGCGGUAGCGAUCGACUGCCUUCGGCCUGUGCAGUGGCGCGAUAUCUCGGUGGCCAAGAAUGUUGGUCUUGCUGACAACACGAAGGAGAAAAUUGAAAAGGUUAUGAAUGUCACCAAGACCAGUUUCGGUCAUCAGGAAUCGACGGUCAUCCUUUUCCAUGGUGAUACCAACUCGGGAAAGAAAUGGACUGUCGAGGUCAUUGCGGAAGAGUUGAGACGCCCUGUCUUUAAUGUAUCGCCCCUCUCCAAUCCUCAAAGUUCCCCAUCGAAUUGGACCUAUGAAUUUUGUAAUCGGUGGGGAGCUAUUAUGUACAUCCAAGAGCCUAUCAACGCCAUGGUAGAUAGAGGUAGGCAUGUACCACCCAUCCACUUUAUCGGGCUCGAGUGCUUGGCGGACGACUUGCGAAAAUUGAAGGGAGUCAUGUGCUUCAUCACAACAUCGUAUGCUCAAUGGGUCCGAUCCGAGUUUUGGCCAUCCGUAAUGCUUGGAGUCAAGUUCGAGAAAGCUGGACCCAAGGGAGCAACGUUAAUUUGGUCUAACAUGGUCGCGCAAGCCGGGGUGGAGCUCUCAGACAAGGAAAUCCAGUCAUUAGCAAAAGGAGAGUUUGGAAUCUCACAGAUCAACAGCGUGGUGAAACUAGCACUGAGACUGGCUGAGAGCGAGAGAAGCAAACCAGGUCUCGAGCAUUUUGAAAGGGCGCAGGAGAUGCGAAACGAAUUCCUUCAGGGUACGGGGAUUGAACAAGACGUGACUCUUUACUCUUGA